AUGCAAACUGAACUACAGCGGGUGACCUCACCGUCAGCACUUGAACAAGAUGAUGAAAACAGUGACGAACACGUAACUAUAACAGAAACUGAUGGCGUUCCAGAUUCUCAGGCAGGGGUGAUGUGCAAGCUUCAAGAGAGAGAUGAUAUCGGACGAAUUGAACUGGUCCAGAAGCUGGCAAGAGAAAACUGUCAGUUUUUGCAGACGGAUAAAAAAGAGCAGGAGAAGUCUGAACACCAAGAUGAUGAAGUGACAACUGUUCAGGUUAAGGAGCAAGACCAGAGCGUCCUGGUGCUGAAGAGAGUGCAGUGCUGUGGCUCAGCCCCUGCUGCGGGGAGCUCGGAGAGUGACUGGAGAUACGUGGUGGUGUCUGGGACCCCUGAGAAGAUUUUGGAGCAUCUUUUGAAUGACUUGCACCUGGAAGAAGUCCAGGACAAAGAAACAGAGACCCUCCUUGAUGACUUCCUUCUCACAUACACUGUCUUCAUGACAACUGAUGACUUGUGCCAGGCGCUGUUAAGGCACUAUUCUACUAAGAAGUAUCAAGGCAAAGAAGAAAACUCAGAUGUUCCUUGUCGGAAACGUAAGGUCUUACAUCUUGUUUCCCAGUGGAUUGCUCUGUACAAAGACUGGUUACAUGAAGACGAACACUCAAAAAUGUUUUUAAAGCAGUCACAUAUGCACUUCUCACAGAAAAUGUUAAUUCGGGCCUUACAGAUUACUCUCUUUUGUAAUAAUAACUGCUUUAUUCUGGGCUUGGGACAAAGACUAACUUUUCCUUUUCCUUUCAGCACUGUAGAUGAAUAUUCACCACAAAGAAAGAAUAAAGCCCUUUUCCACCAAUUCAGUCUUAAGGAGAACUGGCUCCAGCACAGAGGAACUGUGACUGAAACAGAGGAAAUCUUUUGCCACGUGUAUGUAAUGGAGCACUCCUAUGUCAGCGUGAAGGCAAAAGUUUCCAGUACAUCCCAGGAGAUCCUGAAAGUUGUGGCAGAAAAGCUCCAGCAUGCAGAAGAGGAUCUGGCUCUGGUGGCCAUCUCGUUCUCUGGGGAUAAGCAUGAACUUCAGCCAAAUGACUUGGCCAUCUCCAAAUCCCUGGAAGCAUCCAGUCGGAUAUAUGUCUACCGAAAAGACCUGGCUGACACUUUGAACCCAUUUGCAGAAAAUGAGGAAUCACAGCAAAGGUCGAUGAGGAUUUUGGGAAUGAACACUUGGGAUCUUGCUCUGGAAUUAAUGAAUUUUGAUUGGAGUCUAUUCAAUUCAAUUCAUGAGCAAGAGCUGAUCUACUUCACAUUCAGCAGACAGGGAAGUGGGGAGCACACGGCGAACCUCAGCCUCCUGCUGCAGAGAUGCAAUGAAGUCCAGCUGUGGGUGGUCACGGAGAUUCUGCUCUGUAGCCAGCUGGGCAAGCGAGUGCAGCUAGUGAAAAAAUUCAUCAAAAUCGCGGCUCACUGCAAAGCCCAGAGAAACCUGAAUUCUUUCUUUGCUAUCGUGAUGGGUCUCAACACUGCUUCUGUCAGCCGCCUGUCACAGACCUGGGAGAAAAUCCCUGGGAAGUUUAAGAAACUUUUCUCUGAACUUGAAAGUUUAACAGAUCCUUCCCUAAAUCACAAAGCCUACAGAGAUGCAUUCAAAAAGAUGAAGCCACCAAAAAUCCCGUUCAUGCCCUUAUUGCUUAAAGAUGUAACAUUUAUUCAUGAAGGAAAUAAAACGUUUUUGGAUAAUCUUGUCAAUUUUGAAAAGCUGCACAUGAUUGCAGACACUGUCCGAACCCUGAGACACUGCAGGACUAACCAGUUUGGAGGUGAUGUGUCUCCAAAAGAGCAUCAAGAGUUGAGAUCCUACGUUAAUCACCUGUACGUUAUUGACAGCCAGCAGGCUCUGUUUGAGCUCUCUCACAGGAUCGAGCCUCGCGUGUGAGCUCAAGGCCUCACCUCCCCUGAAACUGAAGCACUUUGAGCUAUAGGAAUGUCUGUGCCAGGCACACUGCUUUCCUGUGAGAAAAGUUGCUGAGUUUUAUCAGUAGACCACAAGUCUUUCACAGGAAAGCCAGCCGAAGCGUGUUUGGGAAGUGACGUCAGCCACCAGACAUGGGGAGAGGCCUCUCUGUGCCACUUGCACGAUGAGAAGGCAGAAAGAGAAGUCAGAAGCAUUCCUGAGAUGGAGAAGUCUGGUUUCUUACCAUCACAUUGUUGAUCCAAUCCAAUUUUCAACUUGAUAUGUGUCGGCACCAAGAACGAGAGAACGUGUCUUGAUGGGCAGUGACCAAAUAUUUCAGUAAGAGCAUGAAUGAAACAGGAAGUUUUACCUUGCCUGGUAUUAGAUUACUGUUUAUAGGCUGUCAAAGUAGUUCUUUUGCAUGCCUAAAGACAGUGAUGACAUCUCUAGACGUCCAGGGAAGAGGAGAGGUCUCUGUCAAUAUAGACGAUGAUAUCACCAAAAGCCACUUUUGUCCAGGGCGUUUGUAAGGAGCAGCAAUUGGUACCCGUGCUCUGACUUGCAGAUGAGAAAUGUCAAGACAUGCACGUCUUUGCAUCCACAAUCACUUAUCAGUGUUUACCUGCAGGUGAAAUUAGUUUCUGUACAACAGAUUUGCAACUAUAGGCAGGUUAGACUAAGUUACUUUGCCGAUACGGAAAAGGAGUAAUCUUUAAGAAGUUGACUCAUUUAAUUUCUGGGGAUUUUCUUUAUGUUUGUAAGCAGGCUCUCAUCUCUUAUUGGGCACAGUAUGGUUUUUGAAAAAGCAUGGUGCCUGACACAUUGUAGGCACUCAGUAACUGUUUAUUGAGAUUACAGAGUCACAGAGGUCUGCAUUCUUGUGCCUGAUGAUGUCCUAGUGUUUUGCAUACCUCACGCAGGCUUCUUGCCAAUAGUGUGUAAUGACAACAGCCAGUGCAGGGAGGUUAAGUGAGAUUUGAUGUGUGAAGCACUUAUCACUCUCUAAAAGAGCAAGGUAAUAAGGCAGUGGUGAUUACCGGUCUUUGGGCAAAUGAAGAGUACCCUGAAAUAUCCCAACAUCUGAUUUAUGUUGGUGACUUAGAAGUUCUGUAGUCCACUUACCAGCUGAAGCAGGAAGCCUUUCUACAAUUCGCUUUUCUUCCCCACUAAAGUCUCAGAGUCUUCCAACCUUUUUUUUUUUUCCCCCCAAUUUUUGCAAGUUGGGGCUUCUAUAGCAAAUAAGACCUCUUGUUAUUCUCAAGGACUGGUUAGAGGAUUUCCCUCAACCUGCAAAUGAACAAAAAACCCUAUAGGUUAAAUAAUGAAAUCCACCCCUUCCAGCUAGGUAUUUGUCACUUUGCUAAAAAGCAAGGGCAUUCUUGCAUGAGGUCCAUUGAUUUUCCAAAUGUGUGAAUGUUGGUGUACUUCUUACCAUUCCUAUCCACUCAUCUCUUAGGUGCCCAUCCAGACCUGCUGCUUAUGUGUCUCAUCAACCCCUUAUUCAUUCUCGUUACUGAGGUGUGGCCAAUGCUUUCUGACACCUUUAUAGCAGUGCUGUUUCCUGGGCUCAGGAACCCUACUGAGCUUGAAAUACUGCUGGAAGGAACCAUGUGGAGAAAAAUUUUGGUAGGACUUUCAAAGGAACUCAGUCUGGCCCAACAUGUAAAACUUCAGUCCUGAAAAUCUACAGGGUUUUAUAGAAAGGCACCAUCCAGGGCUGGACCACUCAGAGAAAUGCUUCAUGCUGCUGAUAAUGGAAUGAGACCCACUGGAGGAGACCGUAGCCAUGAGAACCAGAGAAAAGAGACUUCCCUCACAGCUGGUCAGACCCUCAAAAAGCCCUCCCCUUGACAAUUACUGAGGCUAGCAUGGGCUUACAGCACAAACACAUGUUCUUGUCUUUGUAUAGCAAGGGACUAGGGUUUGGCCAGUCUAAUCACAUAAGGCCAUUUUGACAUUGUCUCUGUGUUUUUUAUAAUUUAAAGUUUUACUUACAUUAGGUCUGCAUUGAUCCAAGUAGAACAUUACCUUUAGAGGACUAAUUUUCAGUAGAAAACUAUUUCAGCAUAGCACCUGCUACUUAGAUCCUGAUUCAGAUAUGUACACUUGGCCAGAUGAAGCUACAUGUGUGUUGUGUUAAACACCUUUUGUAUGGUGUAUUCUGAGUAUCUCGCAUAGAAUGGGUGGAAGCAGGCUGGCGGAAAGAUGAUGCUUGCCCACCUUUUCCUCCAGCCAUGGUCAGGUGGCUCUCGGGGUAGCAAAGGGAAGGGGGGAUUUUGUUUAGAUUUGUUUUUCCAUUCCUGUCUUCUGAAUGUCUGAAAUCUUUAAACCUUUCUGAAAUUUAACAACUGUCUCCAGAGCUUUUCCAGGCAGCAACUCUUUGAAAUUUCAGAAGCUUUGAGGGGUCUUAAAACCGGAAUUAAAGAACUUCAGGCAGAAUUGUGAGAACCAGACUUUGCUCAACAAGAAGCUCUUUCUAAAGAAUCUGAGCGGUUCAGCCGUGAACAGGCCAGUGCAGGAUUUAAGCACUCCCUGUUAAUAGGGAUGGACCGUAUUCCCUCUCUGGAUAUUCACCAAAGCCUCUUCAGAAUAGAUUUUGCUCUGGCUAGAAGGGUGGACUGGAAGAUGUCUAAGCUCUUUUCCAGCUCUCCUUUGGAUUUUUAUGAUUGCAUAAAAUCCCUGUUCGCUCUGAAAAUCUUGUGUAAUUUGCCACUGUCAACAGCAGUUGGUGCAAGUGGGUUCUUUUGUUACAGCACAACUCUUGGACAGUCCUAUGGGUCUUUGGAUUUGUCAGCAUUUCAGCAAAGCAGCCCUGCUUGGAAGUUAACACAGGACAGCAAAACACAGGUUCCUGUAGGCAAAAAUUGCAGCCUUUCCAAUUUUUAAAAAUAUUUUUACAUACACAUUUGCAGAUGUUCCAUAGACUACAGUGUUUUAAAUUCACUCUUUGUUAUAAUCUGUAUAAUUAUGAAAUGUUUGUAGUGAUAAAUAUUAUGACCCACGUUUACUUUUUUCUAGUAUCCUUAACUAUGUUUAGAAUUAAUUCAUUUUCUUAGGCCAAUAUCCACAAGCAGGUAGUGUGGAGCAUACACUGGAUUUAGAAGCAUUAGGAUAAACACUCGCACCUUCUAGUUCGUAGGGAGAAGAUGUUGCAUAAAUACAUACUCGCUUCUGAGUAGGGGAGAAACAGUCACAUGAGAGAGAGGAUGCCAGUGACAACUUCUGAUCCCUGGAACUAGGCUAUCACUGCUGCCCAAAUAUCAGCCCUGCAUUUCUGUUUGCUCCAGCAUGUACCCCACAGCUCCUGAACUGAGUGUUUCUAAAUGGCACAGCCAAUUCAAGCUUCACAGAAACUGGGCAAAAAAACAUUUUCCUGGGGAAAGUCAGGUCCACUGCAGUUGUCCAACACAGGAUUUCUUUCAAACGCUUCAAAGGCGUGUCCAUAAAAUUUCAGCCUGCUUAUUACUGAGUAGGCCUGUUUUGCUUAAAACUGGUAGCGUGAAAAUGUUUUUUAACAAUUGCCAAAAAGUUAGAUGAAAAUGUACUACUGUACAAAGCAAAGCUGUAUAUACUAAACAUUUUUUAGCAGAGUAAUAUUUAUUUGCAUAGCCUAUUUAUUGUAUUCGUAUUACACUGUUAUUAAAUACUGGGAUGUAAUCGAUGACCUGAAGCAAGGAAUCUUGCCUUGUAAUAUAUCAUUAAUUAGGACUGCUGUGACGUUGUCAGCUCGUGCUAACAAUUAGAAGAUAGAAAACCCGCAAUCAGGGUGUCUACCUAACUUCUCAGGGACUACACUUCGUAGUUUUCCACCAUUACAAGAGCUGGUAAAUAUGAAACAUUUGUUGAAUUACCAGAAUUGCCAUUAACAGUGUUUCUCAUAUUUCAUGCUUUCUGCCUCUGUAUAUAUGACCGUGCUGUGUAUUUAUCAAAGCUAGUAAGCAAUAAUUUAUAUGUAAAAAUGGCCAAGCAAUAUAAGGUUUAAACUUAUAUAAGUAAUUGUUACCUUAUCUUGUAUUUUCAAAUUUUUUUUAAACUGCUUUUCCAAAUACAAGACUAUGUUAAAGAUACACUUCACGCCUCAUGGCCUCUUGCUUUUUCUGUGAUGUUUGUGGGCUAAAUAGCCUGUGUUCUCGCAGCAUCUGAUGCUCAGUUGUUGGAACUCACAAGUCAUUUGCUCAUUGAGGUUCUCAGGCAGCCCACAGAAACCUAACUCACUUAUCCUGCUUUUGGGUUAUGCAGAACCUAAGUACCAUGUGUUGGAAGUCACAUCAGUGUUCUCAUAUGCUGAGAUUUGGGGACUCCGACAACCGUCAUCACCUCACCCCACUUGAGAAGGGCUGGGAACUCCCUCCCUUACCAGCCCAGAUACUGGGAACAACUCCAAGCCUGGUGACACCCUGACGGCAGAGGAGCUGUGGGUGGGUGGAAUGGCAAAGGGUAGUAACGCUGUGGGGACAAGGGAAAACUAGCUGCACACACACUUUGGGUCCUGCUAGUAUUCAGUUUGUCCUCUGUCCCUCCCUACCAGAGAAUUAUACAUCCUGCCCAUCAGGUCAAGCUGGGCCUUUGGUAUGUGGCAUCCCCUUCCUGCGGGAGGAUUAUAUGGCUCACCACGAUGAACUCAUGAGCGGUCAGGUGUCUUUCUCUGUCCCGUGAAAAAUGGGGAGAAGUGACCCAAGUGGCCUGUUUGCCAAAGUUGUACAAGGUAGCCUGUGCUUGCCCUACCUGCUCUGCUAGGACACCUGUGCUGUACCAGGUGAAGUGUCUCUGUCAGCCUGGGUCUUGGAAUAAAGGCUAUAUGGAGCAGAGCUCCAGCUUGUAAAAGAUGUGUAACUUGAGUCAAAUAAAACAUCAUUAGAAGCCUCUGA